GCAUCAAGAAUAUGUGCUUCCACAGAAAAGUUCUCCAUCUCUUCACGUUAUGGAUUUAACAAACUGCUCUGGAGUACUCUUCAAGCUCCCAAAAUCUGAUAUACAAAAAAAUUAAGACAAACCAAAGACCAGAGUGAGACUUCCUAUUUGUUUGGUCCUCUUUGGUUGAAGUUCCUGAUGCCCUCUCCGGUCCGCCCCCAUCUUUAAAGCGUCAACAGCGCCAAACUUUGGGCUCCCCAACGGGAAAAUGACGAGCGGCGAAGAGGAGCCGCAGUGGAGGAAAGUGCAUUCCGUUACAGGAGUGAUACCUCGGUCCAGGCAUGGACACCGUGCAGUCUCAAUCCGAGAGCUCAUCGUCGUUUUCGGUGGUGGAAACGAAGGGAUAGCGGAGGAUCUCCAUGUUUACAACACUGUCUCAAAGCAGUGGUUUCUACCUGCGGUUAGGGGUGACAUCCCUCCUGGCUGUGCAGCCCAUGGCUUCGUUUGUGAAGGUACUCGAAUACUGGUCUUUGGUGGAAUGGUUGAGUUUGGGAAAUACACCAACAGCCUCUAUGAACUCCAGGCUAGUCGCUGGCUGUGGAAGAAGCUGAAGCCAAGGGUACCCAGAAAUGGCUCACUGCCGUGCCCUCGGAUCGGACACAGCUUCACUCUUGUGGGUAAUAAAUGCUACCUGUUUGGAGGGCUGGCCAAUGAUAGCGAGGAUCCCAAUGGCAACGUGCCAAGGUAUUUGGGAGACUUGUAUGAAUUGGAGCUCCAGUCAGUGUCAGGGGCCAGAGGCUGGAACAUCCCAGACACAAAGGGCCGUGGUCCUUCUGCACGGGAGUCCCAUACAUCAGUUGCCUACACUGGCCUUGGUUCCCCGAAGCUUUACAUCUUUGGAGGGAUGCAAGGAAGUCGGCUAGAUGACCUCUGGCAGCUUGAUCUUGACACAAUGGUUUGGUCAAUGCCGGAAACAAAAGGUUCCACACCACUUCCCAGAAGUCUUCAUUCGGCUAGUGUCAUCGGAAACAAGAUGUAUGUUUUUGGCGGCUGGAUUCCUGCUCCAGAGUCAGAGACGCACAUUGCUUUAGGAACUGAAUGGAUCUGCACUAACUCACUGAGUGUUCUCAACUUAGACACUAUGACUUGGCAGAACCUUGGCCCAGAGCAGAACGAUGAUGAUAUAGAGUCCCAGCUGCAGAGCCAGGGACCACAGACCGACGAUCCAUAUGCCUGCAGGCCAAGAGCCAGGGCUGGCCACUGCGCCGCUAGUGUCGGUUCCAGGCUUUAUGUUUGGAGUGGUCGUGAUGGAUACCGCAAGAGCUGGAACUACCAAGUGUGCUGCAAGGACCUGUGGUACCUGGAAACAGAUCGACCAGCGACCCCAGAGGCAGUACUGCUCAUCAAAUCUACUGUCAGCAUGCUCCAUGUGGCAUGGCGUCCCCUGGCUGCGGCAGACUGCUAUAUCCUCCAGAUCCAGCCUGCAAGUUCCCCCAGGACUACAGUCAGUGGUCUGCUCCCCAAACCAGCGGAUCCAACAGGAGUAGAUGGUCAGAAUGGAAAGGAAAAACAAUCUGCUGAAACCGCAAACCGAGAAGAGAAAGGAGCAGCACAGGGUGCUUUGGUGCAGCAGGAUACUUCAGCAAAAUCUUCAAAUGGCUCAGCAGGCAGUCAAGCACAGGGUGGGAGGAUCGAUGGGAGAGGCUUGAAAGAGGACUCUAACCUAAAACUCUGCACUGCUGGGCAGGAGGCGGCGGCAGCAGCAGAUCUCAGCAGCUCAGCUCAGCUCCAGUCAGGCAAACAGCCGGUUUCUGCAGACAAGACAGCAGAUCUUUAUGCCUGCACAGAUCAGGUUCGGCAGAAUCCGGACAACGCUGUGUGGUUUGAUGUCGGCGUGUUCAAAGCACUUUUCUCUGAGGUCAGCAACUACUACCUACCUGCUGAUGGUGAACAGGUGACGUCUGCCAUCAACAGUUGGGGAACGAACACUAAAGAGAAGCUGCCAGGGCCUCAGGACUACCAGGGCAGAGAGAAGCAGGAGCUGGCUACUGGUCAGACGUACAGGUUCAGAGUUGCAGGCAUCAACUGCUUUGGCCAGGGAGAUUUCAGCCCAGUCAGCGAGUUCAAAACCUGCCAGCCUGGCUUCCCUGGAGCUCCCUCUGCUGUUAAGAUUACCAAGGCCACUGAUGCAGUCCACAUCACUUGGGAGGCUCCUUCAUCUCCAUCGGGCCGGAUCCUGGAGUAUUCCAUGUACAUGGCAGUGAGGAAGAGCCGCUCAUCCACUUCGGAUCGGCCGGGUCAGAUGGCGUUCAUCCGGAUAUACCGUGGCGCCAAGACGUCCUGCUCGGUCAGUUCCAGCCAUCUGGACAACGCGCACAUCGACAGCUCUGCCUCCAACCGACCAGCUGUCGUCUUCCGGAUCGCUGCAAAGAAUGAGCAAGGCUACGGCCCAGCCACGCAGAUCCGCUGGAUUCAAGAUCCCAGUACACUGCGAACAUCACUAUCCAAAGCUGACAGCAGUGCUGAGGCUGACAACGACGCUGCUGACAGCUCCAGCUGAAAAUGUUUUAGGGAAAGGACUUUUCACUCAAGAUGCUGGCAAAUCUAUUUCCCAAUAGUUUUGUUAAUUUAUUUUUAAUCUAUUUAAUUUUUACCUUGUAAAUAGAUUUACAUUUUCACAGGCUGUUUGGCCACUGGUCUGUUUUAGUUAAGGUGUUUUGUUAAGUAAUGAUAUUAUUAUAAGAUGUAGAAAACACUGCAAGUAUUGUUUGAAAUGCAUUCAGGAAGACCUGAAGACACCUCAGUGUUUACUGAACAGCCACUGACAGGUUAUGAGAAGGAAACACGAGUGGUCCUUUUACAGGCCCCACUGGUCCCACGAGGUUAUGAAUAUCAGCAAUGUCGCUCAUGUUUUUGUAUCGUACUCAGCCACAUGUUACUGCAAACAUUUCCGUUAUACAUCUAUAUCAUUUCAGUUUGAUUUUUCUUUGUCUUUACAUCAUUUAUCUCACUGUAAUGUUAUGUGUAAUACAUCAGUGCUUUUAUUAGCAAGUUCAAAAGCCAUGUACUCUUAACAUACAUCAGUGCUUUUAUUAGCAAGUUCAAAAGCCAUGUACUCUUAACAUACAUCAGUGCUUUUAUUAGCAAGUUCAAAAGUUCAAAAGCCAUGUACUCUUAACCUAUUUCUGACAUAAAAUUUCAUUUCAAUAUACUCACAUAGCCACAGAAAACAGUCAUGUACUGGGUGAAAGGUAUUACAUCUUUGCCAUCUUCUCCAUCGUGUUACCGUCUUUACCAGGUGCAGUAAAGAUGCCACACUUUUUACCCGUUUCAUUUUCCUCUUAUAAAAGACUCCCACUGAUCCAUAUAUAGUGUCAUCAGUUAGCCAUUGGAGUUUACACUGAUUAAUUUGAUGUUUUUAUAGUUCAGAUUAUAUCAAUCUGGACUGGUUUUCUUGAAGAUUUGAAUAUAAAUGUCAUGAUAGUAUCAGCAAACAUCAUCAGCCUGUAAUUGUCCUAAAGAGGAUACUCGCAGCUUUGCAUGGACCUCAAUAAUGUACAGACCACAGGCAGUUAUUACAGAGGCUGGGUGAAAUACUGUUGCAAUAUAAUGGAAAACAAAAACAAAGGUGUGAAUUUACAUUUUUCACUUUUAAAGCAGUGACCAGAGAGUGCACAGAGUUUCUAAUGACAAUCAUUAGUGGCACUGUAUAGGAUGUAAAGAGAGGUGCUCAAGAUACGACCACCUGCUGGAUGCUGUUGUAACACCUGUGUGUGGGCCGGUGGAGAUGUGCUUCAGCAUCUUUGGUCUGUUUGUUGCUCUGGAUCAGCAGCAGCUUCUUCUGGUAUCUAAUUGCAGAUGUGUGCAGGCUGCUCAGGUCUCACAGGUGAUGAAGUCUAAUGUGUGUAUUACUAAUCGAUGUGACCUGCAAUAAAAAAAAAAAAAAAAAAAA